AUGGAAUAUUCAUGUGGUAGAUUUACUGAUUUACCUGAUGAAAUUCUUAUGAUUAUUUGUAAAAAACUGAACAAUUUUGAUGUUCUUUACUGCUUAAAAGGUGUUAAUCAACGAAUAGAUAGAAUUGUUCAUGAUUCAACGUUCACAAGUCGUCUGAACUUUGUCAAAUGGUCGAAAUGUGGUUUUAUUAGUCUAUUACAUUGUGAUACGAUACUUGAUCGAUAUUGUCUACGAAUUUUACCCGAUAUUCAUGAUAAAAUUAAAUGUCUUAGCCUCGAAGCAACAUCUAUGAAACAUAUUUUAUGUGCUACUGAUUAUCCUAAUUUAAGUAGUCUUGCUCUUUACAAUAUCGACGAAGAGUCAAUUCGAUAUCUUUCUACGAAAGAUUUAAUUGCAGAUGACUAUUACAUCGCUGUUGUUAUACUUACUUUUUUUCUUGUUAAUAUUGUGUAUCUAUGUCUAGAUGAAAAUUUGUCGUCUGAAAUUUUCAAAAAUCAAAUAAGAGCACUUGCUCUUGUGAUUAAUCGUAAUCAUGAGGGCUAUGAAAUGUUUGAAACAACAGCAAACAUAUUUAAUUCCAUUUUCGUUGUAUUUACACGUCUGACCACUUUAAUAUUAUCUGAAUCAUCGUAUAAAAAUCGUGUUCGAUUAGCUUUUAAUGAUUCAUUAUUUUCCAAUUUUCAUUCUUCAACUCUUCUGCGAUUGUUUAUUAAUGUACAAUGUUUUGAUGAGUGUCUUUGUCUUCUUGAUGGUCGUUUUAUUCAUCUUCAUACGCUCUAUGUCGAUUUGUCUAACAUUCAUUCUUCAGAUGAAAUUCAAACUCAAGCUGAUUUACCAAAUCUAAAACGUUUUUCUAUCUCUUGCAAUUAUGAAACAUGUGAUUAUAAUGAUACAAUUCCUCCACUUUUACAUCGAAUGUUUAAUUUAGAAGAACUCAUUCUAUGUCUUACAGUGUAUCAAGAUAAUAUGUUUCUUAAUGGAAAUAGUUUGAAGAAAGAUAUUAUUAAUCAUAUGCCACGAUUAAAUCAGUUUUCAUUUUCUAUUGAGUCAUUUAUAUUUAUCAAUAAUCAAAUAAAUCUUCCAUCAACAGAAGAUAUUCAAUGCACAUUCGUUGACUUUUCAAAUAAUAAAGUCAUUUCCUAUGUUGAUUAUUUUGCUAAAACUGGACAUGGCCGAUGUCUUAGUUAUACUUAUCCAUCUCUAAUGCAAUAUUAUGGCAUCAUUACAAAUAAUUUUCCUGGUGGAUCAUUCAUUAAUGUUCGUAUAGUGUCAUUAUUUGAUGAACACCCAUUUGAACAUGAAUUUUUUAAUAGAAUUCAAAAAUCAUUUCCAUUUAUGGAAAGUUUGUCUAUUAAAAAUGGUAAACCACAAAAUUUCAAACAAUUUCAUGGAUCAAUUAAUGAUAAUCGAAAUUUCUCUCUUAUUGAAUAUCCUUUUCUUAAUGAACUGACACUUGUUCGUGUUCAUGAUGAUUAUAUAGAACAAUUUCUACUUCAUUGUAAAGCGUCUUUUCAAGAUAUUAAUCUUUCUAUCAAUUAUGAAUCUUUACAACGAAUAACACAUGGUUUUGCAAGAGAUGCUACACGAAUUAAUUGCGCUAAGAUAAACAAAUUAGAUUUAUAUGGUGCGGAUAAAAAACAUUGCAAUUAUUUACAAGAAUAUUUUCCUUGUGCAAAAAUUUGUUAUCGAGGAAUAUUUUGA